AGAAUAUGAGGCAGGUUCAAUGUUUUGAAGGUGGUUGUGCUUGCCCCCCCAUCCCUCUAUAAUGCAGAUCCAUAACUAGUGGAAUUUUAUUGUCAUCAGCCCUUUAUCCCUUUAUUCCCGAGAUCCCAAUUAAGGUGCCUAGGUAUUUAUCAGAUUUAUCUGAACCCCACCAUCCCACCAUCCACACAAUAUCGCAGCCAUGCCUCCAAAGAACAAAGGAGGUGCUAAAGCCAAAGCACCCGAACCAGCAAAGCAAGAAUCUCCGAAACAACCGCAGACCAUUAGAGAGCUCGAGUGGCAGUGGUACUACGAGACGAAUCCCUACCAAAAGUCCUUCGAAGAGCUUGGUCUUCAUGGCAUGACCCCAGCUGAUCGACAAGCCUACCUCAACCAAGAAUAUCUAAAACCGGGCGCUGCCAAGACCCUCUCCAACAAAGCCCAAAAAGAACUGUGGAAGCAGUUAAACGAAGCCAACGUCCCCCUACGCAGCUUACCCCGGCCGCGCGAUCACCAGUGGGGUCGCGACAAGAACGGCCGUGACGUCGGCGAUUACACCGUUGAGGAGUACGAGGCCCGCGAGGCGAAGGAGGUUAAGCUUCUGUUGCUUCUGGACGAAAGCUCGGCCUUUAAGGUCAAGCGCGCGAAGGCCGACGAAAGCAAACCUGACAACGAGAAGAUAUACACCUGCACCGAAGAGGACGUAGAAGCUGAAAUAGCUAGGCGGAAAGAGAUGUCACAAUUACAGCACGACCUGUACGGCUUCAAGAUGAAUCCGUACGAGCUGGAUCCGGAGUGGGAUGACGUCGUACCGAUACCCCAGAUCGAGCCCGAGGGAGCGCUUGCCGCUAUCGCGUAUCCGGAUGAAUAUUCAGAGGCUAUGUCCUACCUCCGUGCCGUUAUGGCAGCGAAAGAGUACUCACCGCGAUGCCUCAGGCUAACCGAGCGCAUCAUAUCCUUAAACCCGGCACACUAUACCGUCUGGCUAUACCGGUUCUCUAUUGUACAGGCUCUAAACAUAUCAAUCCUAGACGAAAUCGACUGGCUCAACGAAGUCUCACUCGCACACAUCAAGAACUACCAGAUUUGGAACCACCGGCAACAGCUGAUGGAACACUACUACCCGGCGAUCGUGACGGUGCCCUCGGAGGUAGCCGACCUAGCCAACAGCGAGCGGAAGUUCCUAGAGAAGAUGCUUCAGCUGGAUACGAAGAACUACCACGUGUGGAGCUACCGGCAGUAUAUAGUGCGCAAGCUGGGAAUGUGGGGCGACGCCGAGCGGCAGAGCAUAGAGACUCUGAUCCACGAGGACGUGCGGAACAACUCGGCCUGGUCGCACCGCUUUUUCGUCGUGUUCUCGGACCCGGCGUACGCGACGCCUGACUCGCACGCCACGGAGCACGACCCGAAGAUACCGGAUCACGUCGUCGACCGCGAAAUCGAGUACGCUCAGCAGAAGAUCGAGCUCGCGCCGCAGAAUCAGAGCCCCUGGAAUUACCUCCGCGGCAUGCUGGUCAAGGGAGGCCGGAAGUUAGCGACCGUGGGGGGGUUUACAGAGCAGUAUGUUACGAAGCUGGGCGAUCCGGAAGGAGAGGAGGUUCGGAGUUCGCAUGCCUUGGACUUGCUGGCAGAUAUAUAUAAGGAGGCAGGGGAGCUGGAAAGAGCGGAUUUGGUGCUUAGACGGCUGGGCGAUAAGUGGGAUCGCAUUCGUCGCGGGUACUGGGAGUACAGGCGGAAGUUAUUAAAGGAGGACCAGCGUUAGAGAGAGCAUGGUCAGCCUGUAGCUUCGCUGUGGGAGAGGGUGGUAAAGCUUCACGAGGAUUGGGAGAGGGCGAUGGGUAGAGAGGAGAGGGGAGGGGAGUGGGAGUGGGAGGGUGGGUGUGAUGAAUAAUAUCCUUAGAGUAGGUAGAGUUAUCCUGGAGUUGGUACUAUCUAAGGUACCUACUUAGGUAAGGUCGUUGCGAUGCAUUUAAAUCUAUGAAUGAAGACGUUGAUUUUACGAGUUUUUACGAGUUGUGAUGGGGUUUAAGAGUUGUUAGUGC